GUUCGCAUCUCCGCACGAUACCAACCAACCAACCAACCAAUGGACCUGCAUACCCCUCUUUUAGCACAGUAAUCGUCGUACUACGUGUUAGAAUGCCUUUUCCAAGCGGGGUAGGAUGGAUAGGGAGAUAACAUCACCACCAUCGUCUACGUCCUUGAUUUCCAUCUCAGCUGGCUGCAACUUAAGAAUCACGUCUCAAGAUGACGAAAGUCCUAACUCCUGGAUCCCGGUUGGAGGGGAAAGUCGCUAUCGUUACGGGAGCCGGAUCUGGCUUCGGCGCCGCCAUCGCGCAACGGUUCGCCUCCGAGGGAGCCAAGGUCGUCGUCGCGGAUAUCAGUACCGAAGGGGGUCAGAAGACCGCGGCUCAGGAUCCCGAGAACCUUGUGUUUGAGCAGAUGGAUGUCACCAAGGCGGAGGAUUGGAGUCGGGUGGUGGACAAGGCGUUUUCGCAGUUCGGGAGGUUGGAUGUGUUGGUGAAUAAUGCGGGGGUGACGUAUCGGAAUAAGCCGACGGUGGAAGUUACCGAGGAGGAAUGGGAGCGGGUGUUCAAUGUGAACGUGAAGGGGAUUUUCUUGGGCAGUCGGGCGUUUGUGACCCGGGUGAUUGAGCAGGGACAGGGAGGGUCGAUGAUCAACAUCUCGUCGACGGGGGCGUCGAGACCCCGGCCGGGCUUGGUGUGGUAUAAUGCGUCCAAAGGGGCCGUGUCGAAUGCGACCAAGGGUCUGGCGGCGGAGUAUGGCCCACACAACAUCCGGGUGAAUUCGGUCUGCCCUCUUUUGUCCGCUACGCCCUUGUUCUCCAUGUUCACAGGAAUGCCGGAUACGCCGGAGAAUCGGGAGAAGUUUAUCGGGAAUGUGCCGCUGGGCCGGCUCACGGAGGCAGACGACGUCGCGAACAUGUGUCUAUAUCUGGCUAGCGACGAGGGUCGCUUUAUCAAUGGGGCAGAAAUGAUCAUCGACGGUGGUAAGUGUAUCUAGUCCAUGAGGUUGGCAAGGAUCAAAUGACAUGUAGGAUGUUAUCCUGGUGAUCUGCACUUCAAGUUAGUUGUCU